AUGGGCUCCACGGGGACAAACGCGAAUCAAAUUGACGGUGUUGGGGGUGCUACAUCCACGACGUCGAAGGUCGCUAUUAUUGAGAAAUCCCAAUCCCCCGGUGUCGAUGCCGACUAUACUUUCGUCCAAGUAGCUCCGGAUCAGGCCAAGAUAGACAUGACGGGGAACUGCGGCAACAUUGCCUCUGGAGUGGGACCGUUUGCUCUUGACGAGGGAAUCGUGAGGGCAAGGCCGGGUCAAUCGGAGAUCGACGUUCGAAUCCUAAACACCAACACCGGACAGAUCAUCGUGGAAACCGUCCAAGUAGCUCCUGACGGACGAUUCCAAGAGGAUGGCGAUUAUUGUAUCCCCGGCGUUCGAGGCACGUCAAGUCCAAUCAAAGUCGCAUUCCUCAACCCCGGGGGCAGCAUGACCGGUCAGAUGUUUCCCAGCGGCACAUCACAGGAGACUCUGACGGUUUACUCUCCGCAUGUGGGAGAAUUUCACAUUCGGGUCAGCCUGAUAGACGUUGCGAACCCAUUUGUCCUGGUCGAUGCAUCCUCGUUAUCCUUCAAAGACCACCCCACGUGGCCAGACCCAAACGAUGCCCUGUUCCUGUCCGUUGUCGAAGAUAUCCGCCGCACAGGGGCGGUGCAUAUGGGUCUGGCUUCCGAUCUAGAGGCAGCGAGCCAAGUACGAGGAACGCCGAAGAUCGCAUUUUUGUCGUCGGUAGCAGAAGAUGACAAGGAUGCAGAUAUCCAGAUCCGUGCCUUUUCGAUGGGGAAGCCUCAUCCAAGCCUCCAGUUGACCGGGGCAGUGUGUCUCGGCGCAGCCGUCUCGAUCUAUGGCACCGUUGCAUGGGACCUGGCGGGAGGGAAAGAGAUCGGCAAACAGCCGAAGCACGGAAUGGUGGUCGGAGGCCAUGAAAUCGCGCCCCCAUUGCCCGUAGGUAUUCGAACCCCGGCGGGUGUGAUUCAUGCAGAGACGCUCUUGCGAAUGGAUCCGCAAGUGGAAAUUCAUGUGGAAAAAGUAGCGGUGUUCCGGACGGCGCGCCGACUUUUUGAAGGCAAUGUAUUCUAUAGAGGAUGA